GGCGCUGGCCACGUGUCUGGGAUCUGGUGGAGGAGGGAAAGGCUGGCAGGGCUGUGAAAGGAGGUGCCGAGGAGUCAGAUCAAAGCACUAUCAGAGUUAAGGGCUGGGCCCAGGGUAGUCCAGAUGUUCACGGAAGUGAAAGCACGGGAGAGAGCAGUGAGGGUGUGUGUGCAGAGGGUGUGUGCCCUGUAAACCCCAUAGACGUGGCAGCUCCGGGUAGGGACCGAGCUGGGGUGGUAGGCUCUCCUUUGCCCGCUGGCCACCAGUCCCCAGGGACCCUGCUGCCAGGCUGGACAAUGCACCAGGCUGGCCACCAUCCCUGGCUUUCUCCGGCUGUGAACAGCUCAGUGGGGCAGGAGCCCCACAGGCAGCUUCCGGAGGUGCUGGAGGGGGCUUGGGAACCACCGCAAGGAGUCGGGCUGCCCCUGCUCACCGUCAUUGUCGCCGUCUUUGUCCUGCUGGCAGUCUGCAUCAUCGUGGUAGUCCACUUUGGACCAAUGCUACACAAGGGCCAUGCCACUCUCCCCACGGAACCCCCAUCCCCAAAGCCAGAAGGCGGCAUCUACCUCACCCACUGGCGAGUGCUGGGCUCCCAGGACAGUCACGAAGGCACCCAAGGGGGACCUCCUGUCUCUGGCUCCUGCCCUGUGCCAGAUGGGCCUAGAUUCAGCAUCGAUGAAGUCACGUUUCUUUAGUAGGGAGACUUUGGAAAGUUGGCCUGACCUGGCUCAGAAUGAGAAACUGGACAGAGAAUUAGGGCAAAAGCAAAUUGGGACCUAGGCAUCGGAGCUUCAGAAGGGCGCACACAGACCCAGCUGGAGCUUCACUUUCAACAGAAUAUUUAUAGAGAAACCCCUGAUGUGGACAGGAGAAAUAAAAGAGGCUUGAGGCCCUGACCAGAAA